GAUCUUUCGAUCAACAUGGCUGUCGGACGUGACAAAAUAGGACUAACUUUGUGGUAUUCUCAUCUCGUUCCUGCCCUCAUUCGGCUGAUGGAUGACGAAACCCUACCCCGGUCCUUUGGCACUGAAGACGAUGCUCAAAUGUGCAUCAACGACUGUUUGAAUGACUACGUGGCUUUGUCCCGGUAUAAAUGGCCCGACUUCCUCGGUCAUGGGUACACCUACUGCCAGUCGAUAUCACUCAGACGUGCUCUCGUGCAAGAGAUCUUCAAGCACAUGAAAGACGCCGGAAGCAUCCGGGUGGAAGUUAGAGAAGAUAUUGUACAAAGCAGUGGAGCCAACAAAGGACAUCGAGACCCGAUUGAUGGCGUUGAUGGCGGCUCGGAACCACCUCGAGAGGCCAACAGCCAGUCUUCAAACCAGAGCCUCGAGAGCAGCUACUUACCAGACUCCCCUGACGACAAUACUUGCCGCUCGGAAAGGCUCACACCAGAUCCGGAUUCGACAGAGGACUUGGCGUCUAUCACCCGCCAACUGAUGGAGUGCACCAACCUUCAACGAGAGGAGCUCCGAGAUAUGAUCCAUGAUGAACAUUUUGAGGAUAUAAUGGCCUUUCAGAUCAGAUCUAAGCUAGCGGGAAGAAAUCGUGAGAUCUCUGUGGAAUUGUGA